AUGUCGAGAUACUCACUUCCAUUGUUUGACCAACUCGUACAGUGCUGCCUAAGAGGUAUAAGCGAUACUCUGCUGUCUAUACGCAUUUCGGAACCGAACACGAGGAACCCAACCGUUACUUUACCUAAUACUAUAAUGAACCAGAACGAUAAUCCGCAUGACAACGAAAAUCAACGUCUUCUAGAUGAACUCAUGAAUCAAUAUCACGACAACUCAAAUUCCUUACCUAUGUCAACAUCGUUCCACAAUGAGUACGACUUCAUGCAGUUUCAAAAUAAUCACAAUGAUCAGGUGUAUCCUGGAGCUACGCCUGCUCAGCAACACGAGAAGCUCUCUUAUAUGAAUAAGACGAAUAACAAUGGAGACACCAGUUUUAUGUCUCAAAACCAGUUUACCUCUCAUCAUGGGAGUAUAGCCGAUGCAGAACCUGCUGCAUCGUUUCUAGAUGACAUGUUUACCACAUCUAACAUCCCACCAAGCACCUCAUUGAGUCACCAUGGACAAUCUUUCAGUCAAAGCGUACAGAGCGAAACAACCCACAAUAUACCACAACAGGAGACCACCAAUGUUAAUACCAAGGACCUUUUAUUUCAACCAGGCGAUGAUGCAAUGUUUAAUUAUGCAGAUGAACUGGGUUCAUCAUUAAGUUCGAGUGUAAAUUCAGAGAUGUUACAAUCGGACUAUUCUUCGUCAUUCUCCUUUAAUCCACAUCCACUAGAGGUUAACUCGCUAACGUCAACAUUCUCACCUAAUAUAAGAUCUCCAAGCUCAUCUCUUCGACCAGGCUCGUUCGUAACAAAUUCAUUAAGAUACGGUACCAGUGUGAAUGCCAAUAAUAAUAAUGGCCCAGCUUCCUCUUUAAUGGCUGUACAUACGCCAAAAACCAGAACAACGUCCAUAUCGAGUAAUGUAGAUGGGUUAAUGAUGUCCAAUAGUUUAUCGAAAUCUACUCUAUCACAUCUGACUGCAGAGGAAAAAUUAAGACGUAAGAGAGAAUUUCAUAACGCUGUGGAAAGGAGAAGACGUGAAUUAAUAAAACAAAAGAUUAAGGAAUUGGGGAACUUGGUACCACCUUAUCUCCUACAUUAUGAUUCUACAACGGGGAAGCAAAUCAAGACUAAUAAGGGAGUCAUACUGAAUAAAUCUGUGGAAUACGUUGUAUUCCUGCAGACAGUUUUAAAACAACAGGAUAAUAAGAGGGGGCAAUUGUUAAAUAAAAUAAAUGAAUUGGAAGGUAAAAUGGGGGGUCUCAGUAUAUCCACGUCAACAGAACACAACUCGAUGGAUAAUACCAAUAAUGAUAACCCAGUCGUUGAGAAGGAGGGCAUCCAAGUGAGUCAUUCACCAUACAUAUCAAACUCUGAGAAUGAGGUACAUACUGAAACUCCACAGAGGGGCAAUGAUGACUUACAGGAAUUCUUAUCAGGAGCAGUCAUAGAGGCCGAAGAUAACGUUAAACUAAUGUUUGGUGCAGAUAACUCGAAUCCAGCAGAUUACCUUCUAGAAUUUGAACCUUAA